AUGGCUGAAGCGAAAAGCAAAUUUUCAUCACACUCGUGGUGGUUUGAUAGCCACAACAGCAGCAGCCCUAGAAAAUCCCCAUGGCUCCAAUCCACCCUUGCAGAGCUGGAUGAGAAGACAAAAGCAAUGCUGAAAUUAGUUGAGGAAGAUGCAGACUCUUUUGCUCAACGUGCAGAAAUGUAUUACAAGAAGCGGCCAGAGCUAAUUAACAUGGUUGAGGAUUUUUAUCGCGCCCAUCGCUCAUUAGCUGAGCGAUAUGAUCAAGUCAAGUCUGAAUCUGGGACUCGCCUCUUAACACAGUGGGCUUCCCCAGUAUCUGUCACCAAAUAUCAACCCGAGAAGUCGAUGAGCUCCAUGGAUAAAGCCUACGAUAGCUACUCUGAAACCUAUGACCCUGCGGAGUCUGGUGAGUCUGAUGUUGAGGAUCCUGAAGAAGAAGAAGAAAUCGUCAUAGUCCAUAAAGAAAUAGAAGAGGAAAUUUCAAGUGGAGUUGGCAAUGAAGAAGUCAUGAAGCUGACGGAGGAAAUAGAGGCGCUCAAAGAAGAGAACCGGAUUCAAAAGGAACAACUGAUACAGAAAGAUGAAGAGAAAAGGGAGGUAAUAAGGCAGCUCAGUUUAGCUGUGGAGAUGCUGAAGGAGGAGAAUGUGAAGCUGAGGAAGAAGGGGGUUGCUAAACAGACAUCAUCCAAUAAUAAACAGAGCCCCCUCGAGUUCGCCAAAUUGAAGGAGUCAUUUUUGGGGAAAUUGUUCAAUCUUUCCAAAAUCAUCGCCUUCAAUACAUUCAGACGAACAGCGGAGGAAGCUGGCAGAGAUAAUCCAGACGGUGAAAGGGCCAUUGUAGGCACAGGAGCAACCAUUAUAUCCGGAUUUGGAGGGCUGGGGCUAGAAGAUGGAGAAAGCUCUGGACCACCAGGUAAAGGAAAGAGAGGACUAAUGUCUGGAGAUAAAGUAGGAGGAUUUGGCAACAAUGCUGGUGUAGCUGAGAUGGUUGAGGCUGGUGGCCUGUAA